AAUAAGAAACCACUCAAUGGGGAACGAUGGAUUGGUAAAGUCAACUUUGUUGAAAUACGCUCGUUUUGGCACAUUUUCAGAAGUUUUGAUAGAAUGUGGAGCUUUUAUAUAUUGAGUUUACAGGCAAUGAUCAUUGUUGCUUGGAAUGGGUCGGGGGAAUUAAGUUCCAUGUUUGAAGGUGAUGUCUUUAAGAAAGUGCUGAGUAUUUUCAUAACUGCUGCGAUAAUGAAGCUUGGACAAGCUGUUCUUGAUUUAAUUCUGAGCUGGAAAGCUAGGCGAAGCAUGUCUUUCUUUGUCAGGCUAAGAUAUGUUUUGAAGGCUGUUUCAGCUGCAGCAUGGGUUAUUGUUUUACCAGUGACUUACGCGUAUAGUUGGAAAAACCCUCCUGGAUUUGCACGGAUGAUCAGGAAUUGGUUUGGAAAUGGUCCAAGUUCAUCUUCUUUGUUCAUUUUGGCUGUUGUCAUCUACUUAUCUCCAAACAUGCUCUCUGCAUUGUUGUUUAUGUUCCCAAUUGUCCGUCGGUUUCUUGAAAGGUCACACUUAAGGGUUGUGAUGCUCAUGAUGUGGUGGUCUCAGUCUCGGCUUUAUGUUGGAAGGGGAAUGCACGAAAGCUCAGUUUCUCUUUUCAAGUAUACCAUUUUUUGGGUUCUUCUGCUUGUGUCGAAAUUAGCCUUCAGUUACUAUGUAGAGAUUAGGCCUCUUGUGAAACCAACUAAAGAUAUCAUGAAAGUUCACAUAGGGACCUACCAAUGGCAUGAGUUUUUCCCUCGAGCUAAGAAUAACAUUGGUGUGGUGAUUGCACUCUGGGCUCCAAUUGUUCUUAUUCGUACACUGGGAAUGUUGAGAUCUCGAUUUGAAUCACUGCCAGGUGCUUUUAAUAAUUACUUGAUUCCUGUGGAGAAGAGUGAGCAGACUAAGAAAAAGGGAAUACUAAAAGCCACUUUCUCCCGCAAGUUUGAUAAGAGCACGUCUAGCAAAGAGAAAGAGGCCGCAAAGUUUGCACAGAUGUGGAACGAAAUAAUCAGCAGUUUCAGAGAGGAGGAUCUGAUAAGUGAUAGGGAAAAGAACUUGCUGCUUGUCCCAUAUGGGGCUGACCCAGAUUUAGUAGACCUCAUCCAGUGGCCUCCUUUUCUGCUUGCUAGCAAGAUCCCAAUAGCGCUGGACAUGGCAAAAGACAGCAAAGAUAAAGAUCGUGAGCUGAAAAAGAGAAUGAGUACAGACAAUUAUAUGCGCUGUGCUAUUCGCGAGUGCUAUCUUUCAUUUAAAAGUAUUAUUAAUUUUUUGGUCCUUGGAGAGCGUGAAAAGAAGGUUAUAAAUGAUAUCUUCACCUUAGUUGAUGCGCAUAUUGCUGAGGGAAAUCUGACAACGGAGUUCAAUAUGAGUGCUCUCCCAAGCCUCCAUGAGCAAUUUGUUCAGUUGAUUGACCAUCUGCUGAAAAACAAAAAGGAGGACAAGGACCAGGUCGUAAUUGUCUUGCUCAACAUGUUAGAGGUUGUGACAAGGGACAUAAUGGAGGAUGAAAUUCCCACCUUGCUAGAUUCAAGCCAUGGGGGAACUUAUGGGAAAGAUGAGGGAAUGACACCCCUUGAUCAACGGGAUACAUAUUUCGGUGAACUGAAUUUCCCAGUGCCAGUGACCCCAAAAACAGAAGCUUGGAAAGAAAAGAUCAGAAGGCUUCAUCUAUUGCUUACGGAGAAGGAGUCUGCUAUGGAUGUCCCAUCCAACUUGGAAGCUAGAAGGCGCAUUUCUUUCUUUUCUAACUCAUUGUUUAUGGACAUGCCUCCUGCACCUAAAGUUCGAAAUAUGCUUUCCUUCUCGGUUUUGACACCAUACUAUUCAGAAGAAGUUCUUUUCUCCGUCGAUCACCUGGAAAAGCAGAACGAAGAUGGUGUCUCUAUCCUUUUCUACUUGCAAAAGAUCUUUCCAGAUGAAUGGACUAACUUUCUUGAGCGGGUCAAAUGUGAAAGUGAAGAAGAACUCAGAGCAAAUGAUGAACUGGAAGAGAAACUCCGUCUAUGGGCAUCAUAUCGAGGCCAAACGUUGACCAAAACUGUACGAGGUAUGAUGUAUUACCGAAAAGCUUUGGAACUUCAGGCCUUCCUGGAUAUGGCAAAAGAUGAAGCUCUAAUGGAAGGCUAUAAGGCUGCUGAAUCAACUAUUGAGGAACACUCAAAAUCUGAAACGUCACUAUUAGCUCAAUGCCAAGCAGUAGUUGACAUGAAAUUCUCAUAUGUUGUGUCAUGCCAACAAUAUGGAAUUCACAAGCGAUCUGGUGAUGCUCGUGCCAAGGACAUUUUGAAACUUAUGGCAACUUAUCCAUCUCUUCGGGUAGCUUACAUUGAUGAGGUUGAGAAAACUAGCGAAGAUAAAUCCAAAAAAAAUGUUCGGAAGGUCUACUAUUCGGCUCUUGUAAAGGCAGCUCCUCCAACUAAGACAAUUGAUUCCACUGAUCCUGUUCAAAGGUUGGAUCAGGAUAUUUAUCGGAUAAAGCUUCCUGGACCUGCAAUAUUGGGAGAGGGAAAGCCAGAAAAUCAAAACCAUGCAAUCAUUUUCACACGUGGGGAAGGCUUGCAAACAAUAGAUAUGAACCAGGAUAACUAUUUGGAAGAAGCAUUCAAAAUGAGGAAUUUGCUGCAAGAAUUUCAGAAACAUGAUGGUGUUAGAUAUCCGACAAUACUUGGACUUAGGGAGCACAUAUUCACUGGCAGUGUUUCAUCUCUUGCAUGGUUUAUGUCCAAUCAGGAGACUAGUUUUGUAACUAUUGGACAGAGACUGCUGGCUAACCCUCUGAGAGUUAGAUUCCACUAUGGCCAUCCAGAUGUAUUUGAUAGACUGUUUCAUCUGACUAGAGGCGGUGUCAGCAAAGCUUCCAAAGUCAUCAAUUUAAGCGAGGACAUAUUUGCAGGUUUCAAUUCUACUGUACGUGAAGGCAGUGUUACUCAUCAUGAAUAUAUACAAGUUGGUAAAGGACGAGAUGUUGGCCUGAACCAGAUCUCGAUUUUUGAGGCAAAAAUAGCUAAUGGGAAUGGCGAACAGACGCUGAGUCGUGACAUCUAUAGGCUUGGGCAUCGAUUUGAUUUCUUCCGGAUGCUAUCCUGCUACUUCACAACAAUUGGUUUCUAUUUCAGCACUUUAUUGACUGUGCUUACAGUCUAUGUGUUUCUCUACGGUCGCCUUUAUCUUGUUCUCAGUGGGCUUGAAGAUGGUCUGAGUACUCAUCGAGCUAUUCGAGACAAUAAGCCUCUUCAAAUAGCUCUUGCUUCUCAGUCUGUUGUGCAAAUUGGAUUUUUGAUGGCCUUGCCUAUGGUUAUGGAAAUUGGUUUAGAAAAGGGGUUCCGUGUUGCACUAAGCGAUUUCAUAUUAAUGCAAUUACAAUUGGCCCCUGUAUUUUUCACAUUUUCUCUUGGUACAAAGACGCACUAUUAUGGAAAGACUUUACUUCACGGAGGUGCAGAAUACCGAGCAACGGGUCGUAGCUUUGUAGUGUUUCAUGCCAAAUUCGCUGAUAAUUACAGGCUCUACUCCAGAAGCCACUUUGUCAAGGGCAUCGAGCUACUGAUUCUGCUUGUUGUGUACCACAUAUUUGGUCGUUCAUAUAGAAGUGCGGUUGUAUAUAUCCUCAUUACGAUACAAAUUUGGUUCAUGGUUGGAACAUGGCUUUUUGCUCCAUUCCUCUUCAAUCCAUCAGGGUUUGAGUGGCAAAAGAUUGUCGAUGACUGGACGGAUUGGAAGAAGUGGAUAAACAAUCAUGGAGGCAUCGGUGUCUCUCCUGAUAAAAGCUGGGAAUCCUGGUGGGAAAAAGAACAUGAGCAUCUUCGUUACUCUGGAAUACGUGGUAUCAUUACUGAGAUAAUAUUAGCAUUGCGCUUUUUCAUCUACCAGUAUGGGCUUGUCUAUCACCUCAACAUUACAAACAACAAAAGUUUUCUGGUCUAUGGUGUUUCGUGGCUGGUGAUCCUUCUAAUUUUGGUGUUGAUGAAGGCCGUGUCUGCUGGAAGGCGACGAUUAAGUGCAGACUAUCAACUUUUGUUUCGACUGGUUAAGGGAUUUAUAUUUAUUACAUUUUUAUCUAUUUUCAUUACCUUAAUAGUGCUCCCUCAUAUGACGCUUCGGGAUGUUGUAGUCUGCAUUCUUGCCUUCAUGCCAACUGGAUGGGGAUUGCUUUUGAUUGCACAAGCUUGUAAGCCACUAAUUCAACAAGCAGGAUUUUGGGGGUCAGUUCAAACACUUGCUCGUGGUUAUGAAAUAAUCAUGGGGUUGCUUCUUUUCACCCCAGUUGCAUUCUUGGCUUGGUUCCCUUUCGUUUCCGAAUUCCAAACACGAAUGCUGUUCAACCAAGCAUUCAGUCGAGGUUUACAGAUCUCACGUAUUCUCGGAGGAGGAGGACAAAGGAAGGGCCACCACUCCUCCAGCAACAAGGAGUAAUUUUUAUCCAAAUUAUUUUAGGGAUGGUCUCAUUUAGCUCAAUGUAAAUAGCUCCAGUGCUUGCUCAAAUUAUUCAUCAAAAGAAUUCAUAGAUGUCUUUCUUUGUGCUUUUUGUCAAACUUUAGAGUACUUGUACAUGUAUAUUUAUGAUAAAGGUUUGAAACUUAACAAUUUCAUUGCCUGUUUGAUGUAUGAUAUAUAUCAUCAGCUGAUCUUAAGAGGGCGAGACACCUGGUUUAAAACAA